UGCCGACGUCGUCGAUGUUGUCGUUGUCGCGGCCGUCACAACUCGCGGUGGUUGUUAUUUUUUUGGUUUUGGUUUUUAGUUGCUGUUUAAACUUGGUCGUGAGAGGGUAGCAGCCCCCGUCCUCAUCUAUUGCCACCCAAUCGAUCGCGCUGGCAAAACGCAACAGUAAAGUGAAUGUGAUAAGUGAACUCUGGGUCAAGUGAAAAAAACAAAAAAAAAGUGAACCUGGUUGUCGAGCUGGCCAACAACAAAAGCUGCAAACAUUAAUCUACACAUACUACAACAGAUUCUAAUGGCGCCCGCCGCCGUUGCCGCCUCAUCGGGUUCCUCACCCACCACAACCAAUUCGUUGCAGGACAUGAGCGCAGCCGCCGCGGCCAUAGCCCUGGAUAUGAAGCCCAAAGUCGAAUUGGCCGUGGUGCCCGCUCAAAAGAUCAAAAAGUUGGUGCGUCGCAACGCCUCCGACAAGCUGAAGCUCAUCCAGAUGGUGCACGAUAAUCCCAUUUUGUGGGACUCCCGUCUGCCCAACUUCAAGGGCGCCGAGGAGGAGAAGAAUCGCGCCUGGGAGCACAUCGGCCGGGAAUUCAAUGCGCCCGGACGUCGCGUGGCCCGCGCCUUCAAAUCGCUGCGCGAAUCUUAUCGCCGCGAGUUGGCCCAUGUCAAAUUGAUGGGCAAUGGAUUUAAGCCAAAAUGGAGCCUGUACGAGGCCAUGGAUUUCUUAAGGGAUGUCAUCAGGGAAAGAAAGGGCGCCUCACAUGCCAGCGAUCUCAGCCUGAGCGCCUUUGCCCAGCACUUGCACAACAAUAACAACAACAGCAGCAACAACAACAAUCACAGCAUGCUGAGCGGCAGCAAAGCGGCUGCAGCAGCUGCUGCUGCGCUGAAGCUCACCUCAUCCUUCAAUGACUCUUCGAGCGCCGUGCUGAACCUGUCCAAGUGCUCGGCGCUGAACAUGAGCAACGAGGAUUAUUAUUGCGAUUACUAUGUGAAGCCGGAGCUGGAUCUGUCAACGGGCGGCGGCAACGCUGGUGGCGGCGGCGGAGGUGGCGGCAGCAGCAGCAGCAGCGGCGGCAGCAGCAGCGGCAGCACUAGGCCCAUUGAUGCACUGCAGCCCCUGCAGCCGCUGCCCGCUCACCAGCAGGCGCUGGCGCUGGCGCAGGCGCAGCACAACGACAGCCGCGUGAGCUCUACGCGCAACGACAGCGGCGCUGGGCAGGCAAACCAGCCGAGCUAUGACGACAUGGACGCCAGCUCGUUGCGCAGCGGCGACGAGGAUGGCGGCAAUGCCUCCGACGAGGUGGAGGAGCUGGAGGCCAUCGACGCGGACUUUCCCUAUCCCAUCAUACUCGACUCCAAUUCGCCGCACAGCAUCAGCGGCGGCCCCGAGGUCGGGCAGACGGCAAUACCGCGCAAGCGUCGCCGCAACGGCGAAACGGAUGAGCUGGAGGAUGCGGAUCUGGAUGGUGACGACUAUGAGGAUCAAAUGCUGCAACAGCAUCGUCAUCUCAGGCAACAACAGAGCGUCGCAGCUGUGGCUGGCGGUCUGGAGCUGCCGCCACCGCAAACGGUGCGCGAGGUGCUCAAUUCCAAAUUCUGUGGCUUCAUAUCGGCCAAGCUGAACAGCAUGGAGGAUUCGGAGGCGGACAAUCUAAUGAAUCGCAUACUCCUCUUGGUUGUUCAGAUGCAGCAAUGCGAGGCGGCCAAAUAGGCGCUGGGUGGGGUCUCCGGGUUUGGGUUGGGUUCCGGGUUUCUGGGUUAACUCUAGUUUUUAAGUCGUAGCAGAGAAAAGAAGUAGAGCUCAUUAUGGAUUAAUGCAGCUGCUCAAAGCAAAAUGUUUUCUUGCCAAUAAUUUACCACACAUAUUCAAUUGUUUAUCUCUCUCUUUCUCUCUCAAUUUGCCAUAAAACGAACAAUUUUCAAUGCCAAAUUUGUGCCAUGCCAAAAAAAAAAGGAACAAUACGUAGUUAUACCAAAUGUAGCAGCCCCUAUGGAAAACUUCUUUAAAGCUAUGCCCAAAAAAAAAAAGCAAAAACACAAAGAAAAAAAAAAAACAAAUACAAAUAUGAACUCUAUGAAAAGACACAACAACAAAGACAAAGAAAGUUAGAAAUGUAUGAGAUUUAGUUUAUUAUAAACGUUAAUUUAGUUCUAAGUCGAUGCAUACAUACACAAAUGUAUCUAAACAAAGUGUUCCAGUUUUUCGCUGCAGCCUGAAUCUAUCUUUGAAUCUUUUUGCCUUUGAAUAUACACAUAUAUGGAAAAA